ACUGCGGACGGUGCAAAUGUGCCUGUGAUGGAAAGUGGUGGUGGUGCUGGUGGUAGUGGUAAGGGCUCGAAGAAAAGAAAAAGUAAUCAAGUUAGAAACCCUCCUCAAGGAACUCCAACUUGUCCAGAAUGUAGAAGACAGUUUGCGACAUGGAAGGCAGCGUUUGGACACAUGCGAAAACACCCUGAACGCCUGCACCGUGGUUUCUUUCCGCCACCUACUUUUGAACCACCACAAUUGCCUGCGGUUGAGGGUGAUGAUGGUAAUCAGGUGGAUGAAGAAGUGCAACAUGUUGUUAGAGGACUUAUUGUUGAUUUGAAUCGCUCCCUUGUAGCAGAGGAAGGGCCUUCUGCCGGCGGCGGCAGUGGAGGAAAAAAGAGAAGCCAACCAGCGGGGUCCGCAGCAGCACUUGGACCACCACUUCCACCAUCACAGAGCGGGAAUAGGAGAAAUGAACCAGCACCACUUGAAGCGGCUGAUGAUGAAAAUGAAGAAGGGAUAAGAAAAUUUGAUUUGAACAGGUUACCUUCUUCAGAUGAUGAUGAAAGCGGAGAGAAUUGAGUGAUGCUGCAGAGAUUGUUCAACUUGUUUUUUUUUAUAUUUAAUAAGGCCUACUAAGUAGUUUGUUUGUUUUGGUUUGUUGCUUUUUUUAUUGUUGUGUUUUCUGGAUUUUGAAUGUGUAAUGGAAGUUGAACAUCUAUGCAAUAGUAACCUAUUAUUAUAUA